UCGCGCCGCGGUUCCGCGGCCCCGCCGCCGCCGCCGCCGCCGCCGCCGCCUGCACCGCGCUCGGGGCGCGCCGGGCGAAUGGCCAUGGCGGGCAGCGAGGUCGCGCCGGGCCCGUCGCCGGAGCUGGACGAGGACGAGGCGGCGUCCUGCCGGCGCUGGGGCGCGCAGCACGCCGGGGCCCGCGAGCUGGCCGCGCUCUACUCGCCAGCCAAGCGUGUCCAGGAGUGGUGCUGCGUGCUUCUGUGCUUCGGCCUCAUCGCCCACAACCUGGCGCAUCUGCUGUGGCUGGCGCGCUGGGAGCACACGCCGCUCGUCAUGCUGGGCGUCGUUGCAGGGGCUCUCAUUGCUGACUUCCUGUCCGGCCUGGUCCACUGGGGGGCCGAUACCUGGGGGUCUGUGGAGCUGCCCGUCGUGGGGAAGGCGUUCAUCAGGCCCUUCCGGGAGCAUCACAUCGACCCCACGGCCAUCACCCGGCACGACUUCAUCGAGACCAAUGGGGACAACUGCCUGGUGACGCUGGUCCCACUGCUGAACAUGGCCUACAAGUUCCGCACCCAGCCCACAGAAGCGCUGGAGCAGCUGUACCCCUGGGAGUGCUUCGUCUUCUGCCUGAUCAUCUUCGGCACCUUCACCAACCAGAUCCACAAGUGGUCCCACACGUACUUCGGGCUGCCGCGCUGGGUCACCCUCCUGCAGGACUGGCACAUCAUCCUGCCUCGGAAACACCAUCGCAUCCACCAUGUCUCCCCACACGAGACCUACUUCUGCAUCACCACAGGCUGGCUCAACUACCCUCUGGAGAGGCUAGGCUUCUGGCGCCGUCUGGAGGACAUCAUCCAGGCCCUGACGGGCGAGAAGCCCCGGGCCGACGACAUGAAAUGGGCUCAGAAGGUCAAGUAGCCGCUCCGAGCCGCCGCGUCUUCGCCAACCUUCCCCAGGAUCUCCGCCUCCCCCGCGCCCCCCCGUCCCCCCGACCCUGAACCAAAGCCAUCUGCCAAAUCCCAGCCUCGUCACACUGACCUCUCGAGGAGAGGCCACCCCUGGGCCGGGCCCGGGCACCCCCAGCCCACACGUGACACAGAAUACUUGAGCCACUGAUUUUUCAUGUCCUUUUUUU